GAACCCCCCUUCAGGUAGCUGAAGGCUGCUAUCAAAUUCCCCCCCUCACUCUUCUCUACUGCAGACUAAACAACCCCAGUUCCUUCAGCCUCUCCUCCUAAGUCAUGUGCCCCAGCCCCCUAAUCAUUUCCCCCUUGCCCUUGGCUGGACUCCCUCCAGCAUGAGUAAGGGGGUCCCAAUCUGGCUCUGGUGAAUUAAACACAAGUGUGCAGGUGAGGCCAUGAGCGCGUCUCCUGCAUCUCCUCUGUUCGCAGGCACUUCCAGCCAAGCUGCUUGGGGGCUUGAUUUGGAAAGGGCCCAGGCGGUGCUGGGGGAAGUCAUCCCCAGAUCGCAGGCGGUGUUUACAGGCCGCCCUCCUGGGAGUUCUGCCCGGGGCUGACGGUCCCACUCUCGGGCUGCGCCGGGUCCCUUGGCAAACGGGAGCUGCAGGCACUUUCCACCGCGGCAAGGACAGAGGGUGAUGCCGGCACAGCCCGUGCCUGGCGCUUCAUCCGAGCCCGAGGGCAAGUCUCCGCGGUUGGACGCGCUAAUCUCUCCCCCGGCAAAGCCAACCCCGCAGCGAGGGGUGACCAACGAGCCCUGUCACCAGCGGGGACCAGGGCACUAUGGCACAGUCCGUCUCUGCCUUCCAGGCUGCCUACAUCACCAUCGAAGUGCUGAUUGCCUUGGUGUCUGUGCCAGGGAACGUCCUGGUGAUCUGGGCUGUCAAGAAGAACCAGGCUCUGCAGGACGCCACCUUCAGCUUCAUCGUCUCGCUGGCUGUGGCUGACGUGGCAGUGGGCACCCUGGUCAUCCCACUUGCCAUCGUUAUCAACGUCGGGCCGCGGAUGGAAUUCUACACCUGCCUGUCGGUGGCCUGCCCCGUCCUCAUCCUCACCGAAAGCUCCAUCCUGGCUCUGCUGGCCAUCGCGGUGGAUCGCUACCUGCGUGUGAAGAUCCCCCUAAGGUACAAGAGUGUAGUGACACCCAAACGAGCAGCUGUGGCCAUUGCUUGCUGCUGGAUCGUUUCCCUGCUCGUGGGGCUGACCCCCAUGUUUGGCUGGAACAACCUGAACAAGAUAAGGAGGACUCAGGAGGCGAACGCUAGCCACACGGCAUUCAUCAUCAGGUGCCAGUUCGAGAACGUCAUCAGCAUGGAGUACAUGGUCUAUUUCAAUUUCUUUGUCUGGGUGCUGCCCCCCUUGCUGCUGAUGCUCAUCAUCUACCUGGAGGUCUUCAACCUGAUCCGCAAGCAGCUCGACAAGAAGGUCUCGUCCAGCUCAUCGGAUCCUCAGAAGUAUUACGGGAAGGAGCUGAAGAUCGCCAAGUCCUUGGCACUGGUCCUCUUCCUGUUUGCACUGAGCUGGAUUCCGCUGCACACGCUCAACUGCAUCACCUUGUUUUGCUCGUCCUGCCAGACUCCCAGCAUCCUGACAUACAUCGCUAUUUUCCUGACUCACGGCAACUCGGCCAUGAACCCCAUCGUCUACGCCUUCCGGAUCAAAAAAUUCAGGACCACGUUCCUGCAAAUCUGGCACCAGUACAUCUGCUGUGAAACCGACAAGAACGCUAACAACCUGGACAACAACGAGCUGGGCGCCUGGCCGCUACAGAGAGCAGGGACCAUCCCAGAUAUGCCGUUCCUUGAUUUAAAAAGUCCCUUUAAUGUCCAAAGAGCAAACUUGGCUUCACCCCUUCCACACGCACACAAUUGUAAAUGACUGGUAGGGAAGGGGGAAGCAAAGACCCAGGAGACCUGAGAUGGUCAGACCAAGCCGACGUUUACCUGAGCUAGCAUAGGGCAUUAUUUAUUCACAGCCAUUGUACUGUUCUGAUAUUGUAGCCUGCACUGUUCUUUUUUUUUUUUUUUUAGGGUGAAGUGUAUCUAGAUAUUCAAAGGGGAACUGUCCAGUCAAAGAUGUGAUUUAUCUUUAACUCAAAUAAAAAAGAAAGACAGCAGCUCUGCAGCAUUAUGGAUGGGUUCUCGCUCCCGGGGUCUCACUGCGGUGCUCGCUCUUAGAACUGGGACAGCCAGAGGCUGCUCAAAUCUAAAAGGGGUAUGAGACAGGAGAGGGGCACAGAGUGGGACAAUGGGGAAGUGGCUUGAGGUUGUAAAUGUUCCCAUGUCCCUCUCUCCUACAUCUCCCAUAAGGAUUCCUGUGAUGCAGCCCCUCCCCUCACCGAGGGGGGAGAGUCAUGCAUCAUGGGAGAUGUAGUCCGACCAGGGAGUCCAGCCUGUUAUGGAGAAUGGAAGCAUAAGGCACCCAAACUAUUACUCCCAUAAGGCACCGUGGCAGCAUGUUGAAUAGAAACAUUUCAAAAUUUGACCAAAUUAUUUUGCUGAAAAGUUAAUUUUCUGAGGGAAAAAACCCUUAUUUUCCAACCAGAUUUAGGUUGACGACAUGAGGGCUAAGCUGCCCAAGUCUAGCAGGUCAGGCAUCUGGAUUUUAGCCAGACAGUCCUAUUUUUGGAAAGGUUUGUCCCUAUCUAGUACUGGUCAUGGCUCUGCCCCCGGCAGAAUGACCUCAUAUGCAUGGUCCAUGCAAGGUCACAAUGGUUCAUGUCAGGUCAUGGCGGUAGGGUAUGCCCAGUAUUCUGGGGAUGUGUCAGAGGCCACCCUGUCGUGCCCGCACUAUAGCUUCCACUGGUGGAGUUGGGACACCUGAAACUCCCAGUGCAGAUGCUCAGCCGGGGACUCUGGGGAUGAGUCCUCGGGGACUACAAAUAGGUGGUCUCUCUGUCUACACUGAACCCACAACUUGCUUCCAGACAGGCCUCCGAUGUGGAGCCUAGCCCAGACCUUAACCGUGCUUCAUAACCAGGCUAAGACAGGGCCUGACGGGACACAGGGCUACUUUUAGCUGCAGCUUCUCUCGCUCGUGCCUUGGCCUGCUUGCGGAGCCGGAGGCCUUCCCGAGGUAAGGGAGGUUGGCUUCCUCAGGUUCAUUAGCCUGAAUUGGUUGCUCUGGAAGCUCUGGAGCCAGGUGGCGCCUGUAUGUAGAUGCCACAAGGGUGAAAAUACACAAAUAGCCUUAGCCAGCGCUGCCAGGUCAACGACAUAGCAGGCCAUGAUCUGUGGACUGGCAGAUAUUCAGGCUGCCCUUUAGAGACAUUGGUCAGAGCAAAAGCCAUCUGCCCCCAGACUCCAUUGUGGUAGAAGCUUGUAUCAUGGGGGCUGCAGCCUCUUCGUUCACAUGCUCUGAGUUGUGAGUCACUGAUCUGCACUCUGAGCUCCCCUAGAAAGUCUUCCACCUGAGGGAGAGCGCGCGCCCCGGAGCUGCAACCUCCCCAGCCCCAGGAAGGAGGGCGGCAUGGCCCCGGCUCCCUGGAGCCCAGCAGCCCCGAGGAAGCCGGGCUCUAGGGGGUGGAGUGUGGGCUGGGCCACACCUGGCUGUUUGGGGAGGCUGGGGGAAGUCACUUCCUCCCGGGCUCUACAUCCCCCUAGGGACGGCCCUGUUACCCUACGCUCUGUACUCACCCAAGUUGGGCCUCCCCAUCACACUCCCCAUCACACAGAUUGUGCCGUUUGAGUGACCUGUCCUUUAUCACUUUAUCUUGUGCAAAUUUUAUCACUCAUUAUAUUAAGUUUUCUUCCAGGUCAUUGGUAAAGAUGUUAAAUAGUGUAGGGUCAAGAACCGAUCCCUGUGGGACCCCCACUGGAAACAGACCCGCUCAGUGAUGAUUCCCUGCUCCCAGUUACAUUUUGAGAGCUAGCUGUGAGUCAGGUUUUAAUCCAUUUAAUAUGUGCCGUGUUGAUUUUGUAUCAUUCUAGUUUCUUAAUUGAAAUUGCAUUCAGUACCAAGUCAAAUGCCUUACAGAAUUCUAACUAUAUUACAUUAACACUAUUACCUUUAUCAGCAAACUUGUAAUCUUAUCAGAAAAAAAGAUAUGCAAUUACUUUGACAGGCUCUGUUUUCCAUAAGCCCAUGGUGAUUGGUACUAAUUAUAUUCCCCUCCUUUGGUUCUUUAUUAAUUGACUCCUGUAUCAGCCACCCCAC